CGCGGCAGUACUUAAAUAAAUAUGGCGGCCCCCAUGAGCAUUAAAAUUUAAGGUUAAACUUUAAUACUGUCUUUGCGAGGUUGUGCUAAUUCUAUAUUUGUUUGCGUAAUUCUUCAAAAUUUGUUUAACAUGACAACUCUCAGGCCUUUUACAUGCAAUGAUUUGUUCAAAUUCAACAACGUCAAUUUGGAUCCACUUACGGAAACAUAUGGACUUUCCUUUUACACACAUUAUUUGGCGCAUUGGCCAGAAUAUUUUCAGGUAGCUGAGUCGCCUAGCGGUGAAAUUAUGGGGUACAUUAUGGGAAAGGCAGAAGGCCAUGGAGAAAAUUGGCAUGGUCACAUAACAGCCCUCACAGUUUCUCCUCAUUAUAGAAGAAUAGGCUUAGCUGCAAUGUUGAUAAAAUCUUUGGAAGAGGUUUCAGAAAAAAAGCAAGCUUAUUUUGUAGACCUCUUUGUAAGAGUCAGUAAUAAAGUUGCAAUCAAAAUGUAUCAACAGUUGGGAUAUAUUGUAUACAGGACUGUUUUAGAAUACUAUAAUGGAGAUCCAGACGAAGAUGCCUUUGAUAUGAGGAAAGCAUUAUCGAGGGAUGUAAAGAAAAAAUCGGUGAUACCUUUAACUCAUCCUGUGAGACCAGAAGAAGUAGAUUAAAUAUAUGUACAAAGAUAUUUUUAAGGAAGCCAUGUUAAAUGAAUGACACUCUCCCAAGUAUAAUCGAAAUAAUUAUUAUUCUUAUUGUGGUGAAAUUUGCUUGACAUCUAAAGUGAAUAAAUAAUCUCUUAAAGUGCA